AUGGCUUCCAAGAAAGGGAUCGACCGCCGGGAUGAGGACGAGGUUUGCCCCGUCUGCAAGUCCUCGCGGUACCUGAACCCAAACAUGCGCUUUCUCAUCAACCCGGAAUGCUACCACAAGAUGUGCGAGUCCUGCGUGGACCGCAUUUUCUCAUCUGGCCCCUCCAGCUGCCCGGUCGCCGGUUGCCGAAAGACACUGCGCAAGAACCGGUUCCGCGCGCAGACCUUCGAGGACAUCGGGGUAGAGCGAGAGGUGGACAUUCGACGACGCGUGAUGCACAUAUUAAACCGCCGCGAAGAAGAAUUCGACGGGAAACGCGCCUACGAUGACUUCCUUGAGCAGCGCGAAGAGAUAAUCGCCAACCUCGUAUCCCGAACCGACGUGGCGAAAACCGAAGCCCAGCUCCAGAAGUACGCAACCGAGAACAUGCAGUCCAUCCGCACAAACCAAGCGAUCGAGGAACAAGAGGCGACCUCGUUCCAAGCACGCAUUUCACUCGAACAAGAGGAGGCUCGGAUUCGUCGACAAGCUGCACGGGAGGAGAUGGAGAACGAGCGGCGGGAGAUGCAGGCCGGGCGCGAGGACUUUCUGUCCCGACUCGCAGCUGGAAACCCAUCCGAUGCUGCGUCUAUCGCCCGCGAGAGCCACAAGGUGCAUCUCAGGAAGUCUUCUGCGCGGCGCAGCGAGGAGGAUCGUCUUCGACAGAAACAAGCUGCUCUGCGCGGCUCGGAACUCAAGAGGGGCACAAAUCUCACCAGUGUCGAAAAUGCCGGCCCUUCAGAUACGGGACUCAUCAAGGGACUGCGCAAGAUCAAGACGCCCGAGCCGGAGAAGCCUUACGAUCCCUUCAUGGGAUAUGUGCCCGGGAAGCGCGACUACGUUACAUUGCAGCAGUCUUAUCCGUCUCAAUAUCUGGAUCGUCUUCGCAAGAAUACGCAAGCUGCAGCUGGGGGAUAUGAUUUGCAAGAGUACUAUUCGCGUACUCUGACGGAGGCGUUUGCUGGCUUGGCUUGUUUCGUUGAAGAUGAGGUUGCGCAGCGAGAUGCCGGUCUUUCAAAAGCGACGGCUGGUGAAGGCGCUGCGAUGGCAGCAGUAAGCCAAUAG